AUGCGGCAUCGGUACUCGGGAGCUGUCCAUCAGCACCAAACCCCCGACCAAAAGCAAGCCAGCAGCGCGCAGAGCCGAGACCCAGCCGCUCCUGUUUUCAGCCUGCCGCCCCCGCCCUCUUCUCACCACCGAGACCGCGCUCCGACCACCGCCGCUCAGCGCCAGAGCCUCCAGGAGCUCCCGUGUCUAAGCCAGCCCUCCCGGAGACCUGUUCGCAGCGGAGACCCUCUACCUCUGACGAGCUACGACACCGCCCAGCGACCUUCACACCGAGCCGGUGAACCCAGCACCGGGCAGCCGGCACACCUGCAGCAGGAUCCCUGGGCCCCGGCCGGCUCUCAGCAGAAGCAGCCGCCGGCGUCGCAGUCUGAGAAGCAGCCUGUUUUUCCAAGCUGCCACUGCAGUUUUUCCGAGCAGGAGGCGAGCCUUUCUAAAAACCAGCCCCAUCCUGUCGAUCCUCUCCCACCGCAGCCCUCCCCACCUUUUCCGCCUCCUAUACCUCCGCCACCAUCGUCCUCCUCCUCUCUGCUGUGUUCCCGGGAAUCUAAACGGGGAGAUCGGCUGAGAAAGAGUGCCGAUAAUUACCAACAGGCGAGCAUCGUGGACCGCUGCAGGGGAGGAGGAGGAGCAGGAGGGCACCGAGACCACAGGCAGUUGUUGCAGCAACAGCAGCAGCAGCAACAGCACAGUCAUUUAAGACUCCAACAGAGGGACCCCUCCCCUGAAGGAAUCCGUGCAAACUCACAGAAAGGGCGCUCUUUAAAUGUAUGUGAGUCAACCGAGGCUAACAGGAGAGCAUUCGAGUGUCAGACUCAGGACCUGCAGCAGCAACAGAUCCCACAAUUACGAGCGCAGCAACAGCUGCUGGUGGGGAGCAGCUUGCCGAUCAACUACUGCGCCAGCGGCUCAGGAGAGCUAUGUAGGACUCACCAGGCUCCUCUGCUGCAACAGCAAGAGCAGCAGCGGCAGCAGCAGCACGGCGCACUGGGGCUCUGUCCCCAGCGUCCGCAGCACUGUGAGCAGGACCGACACAAGUCUGCGAGGAGCUCCGGGCAAACAGGAGAGCACAACCGCGACUCCCGCGUCUCCCCUCCGGUAACACAACAGGCGUACGCGGGGAACUCGUCUGCGACUGUCAGCAACAGCAGCAAAGACAGCCCCAACUACGGCUCGAGCUAUCACCUGUGGCCAGAGAGCCCGCAUAAAGGCGAGGAGAGGAUCCGCAUCGACCCCCACAAGGCCACUACUGAGCAGAAGAAGCUGAGCCAUGCUGGAUCCAAGCCCUCCCUCUCCGAGAGCAGUGGCCGACUCCCUCAGAUAGCCAUGAACACCUCCAAGUUCAAUGGCGGAGUGGUGAGACCACUAGUGGGCAGCCUGGCGUCCUCGUCACGCCGCAACCUUGCAGAGCUCGACUCGGAGACACAGCCCUUGCAAACGCUGCACAGCUCUGGUCUGGAGGUGGUGGUGUCCAAGGGAAACGGCGGCGAAGACCCAAGUAAGGCGUCCAACGAGAGCUUAGUCAGGGAAGGGAGCGGGCGUGGCGGGGGCAGGGCACCGCAGAAGAAGAACAGGGACAUCGGCUACAAGCUCGGCCACAGGCGGGCGCUGUUUGAGAAGCGGAAGCGGCUCAGUGACUACGCACUCAUCUUUGGGAUGUUUGGGAUAGUUGUCAUGGUGACAGAGACGGAACUGUCAUGGGGGGUUUACACUAAGGAAUCUUCAUACUCAUUUGCACUGAAAUGCCUUAUCAGCCUUUCCACUGUUAUAUUGCUUGGUCUUAUAAUAAUGUACCAUGCCCGGGAAAUCCAGCUGUUCAUGGUGGACAAUGGUGCGGACGAUUGGAGGAUAGCCAUGACGUAUGAGCGUAUCUUCUUCAUCGUGCUGGAACUGCUGGUGUGUGCCAUCCAUCCCAUCCCGGGCCAGUAUGUCUUCACAUGGACGGCACGGCUGGCCUUUACCUACACGCCGUCGGUGGCAGACGCGGACGUGGACAUCAUCCUCUCCAUCCCCAUGUUCCUGAGACUCUACCUGAUAGGCAGGGUCAUGUUACUUCACAGCAAGCUGUUCACGGACGCUUCGUCUCGCAGCAUUGGCGCCCUAAACAAGAUCAACUUCAACACACGCUUUGUCAUGAAGACUCUCAUGACCAUCUGUCCAGGGACUGUUCUACUGGUGUUCAGUAUAUCCUCCUGGAUCAUUGCUGCAUGGACUGUGCGCGUCUGUGAGAGGUAUCAUGACAAACAGGGAGUGACCAGUAACUUCCUGGGAGCCAUGUGGCUCAUCUCGAUCACCUUCCUCUCCAUCGGCUACGGGGACAUGGUACCAAACACGUACUGCGGGAAGGGCGUAUGCCUGCUUACAGGGAUUAUGGGAGCUGGUUGCACUGCACUUGUAGUUGCAGUGGUAGCCAGGAAGCUGGAGCUGACCAAGGCUGAGAAGCACGUGCACAACUUCAUGAUGGACACACAACUCUGCAAACGAGUUAAGAAUACAGCUGCCAAUGUACUCAGGGAAACAUGGCUCAUCUACAAACACACAAAGUUGGUCAAGAAGAUAGAUCACGCCAAGGUGCGGAAACACCAGCGCAAGUUUCUCCAAGCCAUUCACCAAGCUCAGAAACUGCGCAGUGUGAAGAUGGAGCAGAGGAAGCUUAAUGAUCAGGCCAACACCUUGGUGGACCUGGCAAAGACCCAGAAUGUGAUGUACGACCUGGUGUCGGAGCUGCAGGAGCGCAGUGAGGAGCUGGACAAGCGCAUCGGCACAUUGGAGGACAAGCUGGACUCGGUGACAGGCAGCCUGCAGGCGCUGCCCUGCCUCAUCUCCCAAGCCAUAACCCAGCAGCAGCAGGACUUCCUGGACGGCUUUGUUCAUCGAUUUCGGCCCGCCUCGCUAGCCUCAGAGCGCUCUGAACGCUCGGAGAGAUCCUGGACUUCCACCGCGCGUAGGCGGCGCUCUCCCUCCACAGCUCCACACACCUCCUCUGAUAGUGGAUAACCUUGACUAAGCAUUGCAAUCACCUUAUCACCUUCGAUGACUCCCCUACCCCUAAACCAACGCCUCACCUCAUCCAAAGCUGUCCCUGUAACUGCUGGCUGAGUCCAUGUCUGGACUUCUAAUGAGCCCAUAUCUUGACUCCUGACCUGAUCUAUGACCUUAUUCUGUCUCUCACACCCACCCCCUCUCCACCCGACAUCAAAUCCAAAAACCAAUUCCUCUGUGACUGAGCGACUCAGCACAGGACUGGAUCAGAGCUACUCCAAAAGAACAAAGAAAAGCAAACAGACUUACAAGAAAAAACACAAAUGCAUCCUAAAAAAGAAAAAGGGGGAAAAAGUGGAAGUGACUGAAAAACCGAGAUAAAGUAGAGAUAUGGUUUAUGUUUUAGCCAUUGUAUGGCUGUUCAAGUUAGCUUUUUUGUAAAAGCCCUUGUAUAGUUAAAAAAAAAAAAAAGACUGAGUUCAGGGUCGCUGGGGUGAGAGCUGGCUAUCACACCGGAGAGUCCUUAAACACGAGGGGGGAAGUUGGUCUGUGGAGCUGAGGGCCUCUCGGCUCACCUGCCAGUCCUCUGAGGCCAUGGAGGACAUCUGUCCACACAUCUGUCCGUCUGGCUGUUUGUACGGGGUGAUCGAGACGGACUAUUGAAUUUCCCUUCAAAAGACUAGUGUCAUGGAUUAUUUCCCAUAGGUUUGGGUAAAAGCUUUAGAAGAAGCUAAGACAGCUCUGACUUGAGGUCAGUGAAUGAAAUUGAGCUUAAUGUGGAGGGAAAACUGUCACAUGAAAGGCAAGCUAAGGGAAUGCAUACGGCAUAACUACUGGGUAGGAAAAAUUUACACAGUUGCCAACUUCAAGGUUUCAGCUUCCUUGUUCUUACCAAGGGAAAAUGAGAGCGACUAUCUUUUUUAGUUACAUAUUGACAUGUGAUUUUUCAGUGCCUGAAUGUAUAAAUAGUAGAGGGUUAUUUAAUUACUAAUUUCAGAGCUUUUUUACGAUGUUAACAGUCUGAAUACAGCAUUGCAUUCCUUUUUCAGAUACAUUCCUCUCCAAAAAUCGAAAGAAAAUGUCUUAAUGUAAUGCAUAACAUUGCCUCCAUUACACAGCAACUCUGUUUUUGGAAUUCUUUUUUUUCUAUUUCUACUAACACUUUGUGAAAUGAAAAACUUCAGAGAGAGAGAAAAAGAAAGAAAAUGUGUGUUUUUCAGAGAAUGAGUUCACUUUUAGCUCUAACACAAAACAAUGAAAUAUGUAGAAGUCUACCUUUAUCAUCACCACUAUUUCAACGUUUGAACAACUGCACAGGAACACUUCACUGGUCAGAGAAACUAGCCCCGCUCCUUUGCAUGGUUCUUUGCAGAAAUGACAAAUUAUCACAAUCCUCCUCGAAUGGCUUGAUGAUUUGAUAUGAUUUUGUUGAUUUUGAUUUGACCAUGUUUACUUUUGUUUGUUUGCUGCCUUUCUUUGAUUUUUUUUAAUCAAAACUCCUUUUUUUACUAGGAUACUUAGGGUUUGUAGUAUCUAGAGAGUUGCAGUAAUGUGAUUCUGUAAUGCAUUCCCUGUU